AUGGCAGACCCGCUGCUCAACACGCUGUGCAGCAUCUGCCACAUCAGCACGCCCAAGUACACCUGCCCGGGAUGCAACACGCACACGUGCUCGCUGGAAUGCAACAAGAAACACAAGUCCUGGGCCAACUGCUCCGGGAAGCGCGACCCGACGGCCUACAUGCCCCCCUCAAAACUCAAGACCGCCGCCGGCAUCGACCACGACUACAACUUCCUCUCCGCCAUCGAGCGCGAGCGCGAGCGCAACCAGCGCGAGAUCGUCGACGAGCGCGGGCUCUUCUCGCAGAAGGAGCUGGGCAGCCAGCUCGACGACCCCUUCAGCUUCCGCAAGCAGUGGUUCGGCGAUGACGUCCGCUUCCACCCCGUCGGCGGCGGCGGCGGCGGCGGCGAGCCUAGGAUGUUCGCUUCCGACGGCGAGGACAGCGGCGAGGACGGGGCGGGGCCAGGGGCAGAGGCGAGGCACAACAGGAGGAACAUACCCGCCAAGGCGAGCCAGCUCACGCAGCGCGUCCGCCAGCGCCUCGCGGCCGAGAACGUGCGGGUGGUGCAGAUGCCCGUCGGGAUGACGAGGCAGAGGGAGAACACGACCAUGUGGAACCGCAAGGCCAGGCGGAUCAACUGGUGCGUCGAGUGGAUGCUGUAUGGAGACAGUGGCAGCGGCGACGGGAAGGAAGAGGAAGAGGCGGGGCUCAACAAGAAACCCACGAGGAUACGCCACAACGCGCUCGAGACGAUGCCGCUGUACAAGGCGCUGGGGAACUCGGUGGCCUGGUACAAGAAGGGCCAGGAGGCGGGCGACGACGCGGCGGACGACGAGGACGUCGAGCCCGCGCAGGCAGGGCGGCGCAAGAGGGUCCUGAUCCGCGAGGUCAAGGAGACCGAGCAGCGAGGCGGCGGCGGCGCGAUGACGAUGAUGAUGCAGGACGGCGGCUCCGCGACGUGGCACCCCAGGACGCAGUACCCGACCCAGAGUCCCUUCACGGCCGCGUGGUCCAGCGACGCCGGCGCGACCACGACGUCGUGGGACGCAGACGGGGAGGUCGAGGCGCGCAGGCGCCACAGGUUCUACCUGCUCCGGCCGCUGACGGUCGCGGGCAAGUCCAAGGAGCUGAUCCCCGUGUCGGCGACCGAGGACCUCAGCGCCGCGCUGGCCGGGCGCACCGUCCUCGAGUACCCCACCAUCUACGUGCUCCCUCCUCCUCCUCGCCCCUCGGCCGACCCUGCCUCCUCCACGGCGGAGACGGCAUCACCACCGCUUCCAGAGGGCCACGUCCUCGGCUCGACGGAGCGCCGCCCACCCCCGAAAAGGCAACAACAACAACAACAAGCCGCGGCGGCGGCGAAACGCAAGGCCGCCCCGGGGUCCAGAGACGAUCCCACGUCGCGGCAGCAGCCAUCACAGAAGCGCCAGGCCAUCAGCGGCGGGGGCAGAGGCGCAGGCGAGGCCGGGCUCCCGGUGCGACAGUCUGACAGGAGCCAGCGCGGCCGCGGCAACGCGACCACCUCCGCACGAGGGCGGGGCCGGGCUGGUCGCGGCGGGGCAGGAAGGCCCACCCCAGGGCGACGACACGCCGGGGCGGCGGACCCGGAUGCGGAGGAGGGCGAGGUCAACAGCGACGGGGACGAGGUCAUGGCUGCGGCGGCGGCGGCGGCGGCGGCAGAGCGCGCGGACACUAGCAGUAGUGACCCGGACAGCAGCGGCUCGAGCGACGAUGACGACGAGGAGGACGACGACGCGCAGGACAGCGGCUUCUGGCGGGCUUCAGGCCGGCCGCGAGGGGGUGGGAUGGUUGUUGAUGAUGGUGAUGAAGGAGCCAAAAACAACAGCAGCAGCCCGCGCAAGGCCGACACCACCGCCUCGGCGCAGGCGGCACAGGCCCUCCAAGGGAACGGCACCAAGAAACCCGGCGGGGGCGGCGGUAUGGGCCUGGUAGACUACGGCUCGGACAGCAGCGGGGAGGAGGAGGACGGGUCCGAGGAUGACGGGGACGCCGACCCUGCGACGCUGAAGCCUGAGAACCCGGAGCUGGUGGCCGGUGCCAUCCAGGAGAUUGUCGGCUUGCUUUCGUGA